UUUUUAUUUAUAGAUUUGUAGAAACCAUAUUGGAGACCUGCCAAAUAUUGAAUUGACAAACAUUGCACUCAAGGUUACAAUCUGUGUACUAUAUCAAUUCCAUCAACAAUACAACUGAUUGACAACGUGAUUGCAUCACACAUAUGGCGAUGACAGUUCAAUGAAAUUCUACGAUCAAGCGAUCAUUAUUUAUACUUGUAAACCUCAAAAACACACAUCAGUCUAUACUCAGUGGUCGAUGAUAAAGAAGUAAAAAUAUAAAUGGCAUUACUCGCGAUUUGUUUUACUGGAGUAACAAUAAUACUAUGCCCACUUCUAGUUAUCAGUGCACAACAAUUCGAUCCGAUGGAAAUUUGUCGGGGGAAACCUAAUAACGCCACCGUUAUGAACCCACUAUCCUGUGAUUCAUUUUUACUGUGCAGUGAUGGUCUACCAGCUGGGACUGGGCUGUGUCCAAGUGAAAUGCUCUUUAACGCUGAAAAGGAAAUUUGUGAUUUUCCUGAAAACGUGAAUUGCGGUUCCGUCCCUUUGCCUACAGAAUUCCCAACUAGUACAGAAGAGUCUACCGAAAUGAUAACCGAUUUAAGUGAAGAAACUACCGAAUCUUCUUUUCCAAGCGAAUCCUGUCCACAAAUGGACGAUCCUGUUUCACCAUUGUACAUGCCAAUCCCAGAUAACUGUACUGCUUACAUCAUGUGCUACCAUGGUACUCCCUUGAUAAUGCAAUGUCCUAUAGGAACGGAAUGGAACAAAAACAAUUCAAUUUGUGAUACACCGGAAAAUGCAAAGUGUCAGGCAACUUUUCAAGAUCCAUUUGGAUGCCCAGUAGAAGGAACAAAAGUUUUACCACACCCAGCCAAUUGUGAAAAAUUCGUGUUCUGCUUGAACGGUAUAUCUAGAGUUCAAGUUUGUCAAAUGUUCAAGUACUUCGAUCCCGUCGCAGGAGAAUGUGUCCUAGGAAAAUGUUAAAUGGAGACAAAUGUUAUAUAUGAAAACAAACACACACAAUUUUAUCUAAGUGUUAUUUGUAAGAGUUUAACGGUCCGAAUAAUGUAACUUGAUGAUUGUGAAGUGCAUCAUUUGAUUGUAUUCAAUAAGCCACAAAAUAGUUUCACUGGACAUUUUUUGUGAACACAAUUUUAUGUAAUACAACAGCAACAGUGAAUUCCUUUAUUCCUGAUAGUUUGCCUGCGUUACCAUAACUAACAUAAUCUUUAUAAAAUUUGUUGCUGUUAGAAAAGAAAAUCACUACAAUACGUAACACCUACCUACGUAAUCCAUAUAUUGCCUCUAGUUGAUCCGAAAAUAAGUAAUAGAACUCAUCCUAAUACAACUAAGGCUUCUUUUGUCUUCUUUAAAGUAUAUGAUUAUAUGAUGAAUAAACUUUUGCCGUUUAUUAGACAUACCGGUACAAUUUCACACCGUGAAGCGUGAAAUAGUAGCCAAAAUCAACAUGGAUGAAACAUUUCGCGCAAACAAU